CAAGUUACUGAAGAUAGUGGAUUGUGAGAAAACAUCAUGUCUCUUGUGUGUUUUAGUUCUGACGAGGCAAAGAGAUAAACUUUGGCGGGAAGCACUUCCAAUUGACAGAGUAUUUCUCGUUUUUGCUGCUACCUGCACUUUUAGUGACGCAGUGGUGAAUAGUCUUACUCAAUAUCAAUCUUGACAGGAGAAACACAGGUGCAACCCCGCGGAAGCUGUCAACUGCCACCUGCAGUCCUAACGCUUGUUCGAAGUGAGACCAGCAAUUACCGAGACAAUCCAACUCAAACGCUAUUCUGCUCGUCUAAAUACCAGAAAACUUAGGAAUCAGCCCAGGAAUUAAUUGGCUUAAACUCACCCUCGAGGGUUUAACAUUCCUUCUCGGCUACUUAGCCACACAAUUGAAUUCCACAACUGCCUACAAAUUGAGAAGUACCCGAUGGAACGAGAAUCCAAUAAAUGUACGGCUAGACAGUGGUGGCGUUUGGACCAGAUGCUGCGAUAAUUCCUUCCUCGUACUAAAGAGGAGGGACGGCGGGAGAGGCGGAGAGUAAGUUGCACAAGUAAGUUGCACAAAGCUCGGCUGCAAGCUGCCAGUCAAAGCCACCCAGUUUAUUUCAUGAAAAUGCCAAAUAAAGAGAGUAUCAGCUCUUGUCACCCAGAUGAAGAAUCUAAACAACACAGCGACAAAUUCCUUCGCUACAAUUGCUUGAACCAGAAAUAUAUUGUUCCAAAGAUGUUUUAUUUCUUUUACUUUGCUGGACUUGGCGCCAUAGUGCCAUUUUUGCCCUUGUUCUAUAAACAAUUAGGUCUCCCGGCCAAACAGGCCGGAAUCAUCUCCGGUAUUCAACCAUUCAUAUCGUUCGUAUUUACUCCAAUGUGGGGAGCGUUAUCGGACAAGACCAAGAGGGGAAAACUGGUAUUCGUGAUUUCGUUCAUUGCUUUAGUAGCUGUUGGAAUAGCUUUUCUGCUAACUCCAAUGCCAACAUGCAAACACAAAAUGAGAGGAGACAUUCAUCGGGAAUCAACAUCUGCGAGAAAUCAGUCUUUUAUUAAAAACAUGUAUCAGUUGAUAUCAGAAUCGCAGAAUCUUUAUCGAUGGUCAAUGGGAAGGGAAGAACAGAAUGAUUUUCUUGUACUCAGUCACGAGCAAGCUGGUCGCCAGAACAAAUUCGAUGUAUUUUUAUACCUGCUAUUAGUCAGUUUAUUUGGUACACUAUUCUCGUGCCCAGGCCUUGCUCUUGGUGAUGCUGCUGCUGUAUGCCUCUUGCGGAAUAACAACGAUAUACAUCAGUAUGGAAAACAGAAAAGAUGGGCCUCAAUAGGGUGGGGUUUGGCUGCGUUUAGUUUCGGUGCAAUGGUGAGUGACAAAUAUUUGUGUCCGUUGGUACCUGGACAAAAAAGAACUAUUGACUACAGUUUAUGUUUUUAUGGCUCCAUUUCAUUGAAGCUUUUAGCUCUUUUUUCAGGGCUUCGGCUUGAUUUCGGUUUAAACGGUACAGACAGUAGUGAUGACACGGUAAGGGAAAAGCACAUUGGUGUUAUGGCAGCGUUAGAAGCAGUGAGUCGUCCUCGUUACUUGGCAUUCUUUGUAAUUGUUCUUUACAGUGGAAUGACUUUUGGCAUGAUCAUGGGAUUCCUUUUUUGGCACUUGGAAGACUGUUCUUCCCCACAGAUAAUGUUUAGCAUAAUACCUGUUGUGAGAUGUAUUGCAGACGUCAUGGUGUACUCAGUGUCCCCUCACGUUAUAACUAAAAUAGGUGUGCAUAAUUUGCUAUACCUUGUGUUGGCGUCUUAUGUGGUGCGAUUGACAAGUUAUGUACUCAUUACCAAUCCGUGGUGUUACCUUGCCCUUGAAGUUUUGUCAGGAUUAACUUCUGCAGGAGGCUGGGCAGGAUUUGUGACGUAUAUUGCAUAUAACUCCGUGGAAGGAGCCCCUGCCACUUUACAAGCUAUGCUCCACGGUGUGUAUCAUGGAGUAGGUCAUGGACUAGGGCGAGUAAUAGGAGGUUUUCUCUUCAGUAGCUAUGGAGCUCAAGUAACAUUCUCUAUAUUUGGUGGCCUCGGGUUAAUUAUGCUAUUGAUGUUUGGGUCAGUUAACAAAAUAUUCGAAGAUAAACCAAAUGAUCAAAGUUAAUUAAAACAUCAUGUGGAUGCUGUGCGUUCACUAUGUAUAUUUUGGUCGCUUUCGUUUUUUUAAUGUUUUUACGCAACUUACAUACACAAGUUUGCAGAAAGCUCAAAUAUGUUGUCUUACAAAGACAAUUUAGGCAGAAAUACUCGCAUUGGAAGUUUUAGUUUUACUCAGCUGAUUAUCUAACGAGGAAAAAUUUUGCUUACGCCAAAGUCAGCAACCGGAUGACCAGUUAAAUAUUUUGUUUUUGUUGCUGUUACUAUUGGAAAAUAUUUGAUCAACCAAUUUUACUCUGAAAAGUACAACAGUAAACCGACUUUAAAAUUAUAACACAUAAUUGUAUACCGGGAAGAAUCCCAGAAAUAAAAAUGGAGCGAGAUAAACGAA